GUGUCAUCAAAAUACCCUCCCAAAUUUGUUCCUACGGAAGGCAACCAAAGGCCGUCGACAAACUACUCGCCAUCAUGGGUGCCAAUAGCCAUCGACAGAUCUGGCGCCUAUCCAGUUCAACCACAACCUGACUCCACGCUCCCCUCCAGUUCAAGGCCUUCUUCCACUUUUCAAUCUGGUCCGUUGAAGUCCGGCGUCACGGCGAUGCUCCGAGGCGGACCAUUGAGAAUAAGCACUGCUCCAACCACCAGGCCCAGUGUUUAUACUCCAAUCCCACCCCCUCCUUAUCGUCCCAAGAUUAUCACAACUGAUCCGGAAGGAAUAUCGGGAUCCUCGAGCAAGAUUAAACAUGCGCCCGGUUUUCCCGGUCACGGUCGUCUGGGAAUGAUCUCAUCCAUUGGCAACACUGCUCGAGUUACAACAUCUUUUCAACAACCUCCAGCACCGGUACAGUCGGCACCCUUCAGCGGGUCACACGGUGAGAAAAAGACGGUCAAAUUUCCUGACGUUCUAGAGGAAUCGAUUCCCGAACUCCCCACGGAGUCCGACCCACCGUCACCCGAGCAUACGAGAGGAAACAAAAAGUCAACACUCAUUCCACCAUCACCCAGACAAAAUCGCCACUCGAAUGGCGGGUUAAAGUCCACUUCUCCUGAGUUCCAAGAUGAAGAUCACCCUAGGACUCCAGAGAAGCCGGCUGAGUCUACGCCCAAGUCCAAGGUUGCAGAUGAGGCCAACGGUCAGACAAGCUCUCCCGUCGAAUCCCCAUCGGGCAUGAAAGGCCCUGCUACUGGGUCGCAGUCGAGUGUCCCAUCCCCUGAUAUCAUAAACAUCGACCAAGAGCCCCCAUUGGAAGGGUUGGAUGAACCUGUACCCAAACCUGACGAUGCUGAGAAGGUUAACGUUCAGCCAAGCACUCCAGCAAGUCACAGAUCAGGGUCAAAUAGUCCUUACUCUGGUGCCCGUCCGAUGACUCAAUCACCUACAGUCAUUGAAGUCAAUCCUAAGCCUCCAAUACACCAGGAGUCGAGGUCGGUUAGCCAUACCGUAAAGCGUAGCAAGCCUAGAGCUUCCAACACUCUCAAAAGCUUCUUAGAGGGUAAACCAAGAAGCCGAAGGUCCAGCUUCAGCGCCGCAAGUCAUGCACAAACAGGUAAGACUUACAACACCCGCCAGAGUCGGUCCCACUUUGUGCUAAUCGAAAGCGUUUUCGUUGCAGCUCCUGCAGCCUAUGCUUCUUAUUCGCAUUUCCGGCCGUCUCCGGCUCCGCCAACAACCACAUAUCGACACGCACCUCCUCUUCCCAGCGAUAGUUACUACUACGGCCGGGACCACAUCCCGCAUCAUCCAUCUCCCCAUCCUCCUCCUCCACUAAGCCACGCGGUAGAGGGGACUGAGACUGAGCACGCUGAAUUACCGCAAGCAAAGCCCGUUCGGGCCGCUGGUCGAGAGGGACGUCAGAGAAACAAGAACAAAAACAAGAACAAGAACAAGACCAACACUCUUAUCAAGACCACACUUGUUUACUUUUCCGGGAGGGAGGGCGAAAAAAGACAAUAGGAAACAGUCCCCAAGUCGGCAACAACUAAGUAAGAAUAAUAGCUAGGACUAAACAAAUAUAAGUGUUAUAAUAUUGACUAUUAUAGAUAGUUAUUAGAAUUAUUAGAUUAACUCUAAUAACUUAUUACUAGUAAAUCCUUAGAUAAUUAGCUAAGGAUCUACUAAGGACUUAUAUUUAUUAGUUAAGUUAAAGCACCUAUAUAUAAAACACCCCUAUAUAUAGAACACCUAAAACAUUACUAUUAUAUUAACUACUACCCUUUUUAAUUAACUAUUAAUAUUUUCUAUAUAUAAUAAUAAUAUAGCU